AGACUAAGUAAUGAGAACUAUUUGCGGAAUAAUUUGUUGAUAUCGGUUCUAUUUUCCAAUGAUCCGAAAUCUACACCAGUUCUUGUUUGCUAAACUCCGGAAGUUAUGCUUUUCAACUUGGACUUUUUACAGCCAAAUACGACUUAUUCAGCAACAUUCACAUGUAUAUACUGAUGAAUUGACCAAUGCAAAGUUGUAUAGUCACGUGUGACAUCACAACAUGGCUACACAUGUCACAAGGGUAGCGGGACAGGAUUUAGAUGACCGUGAUGAUUCAGAAUUAGAAGAAUUUAACCAGAGGAUCCAAGUAGCGGCAGACGAGAGGGAAGAUGUACAGAAGAAGACAUUCACAAAAUGGAUUAAUGCUCAACUGAAGAAGGGCAAUAAACCUACUAUAGAGAAUUUAUUUGAAGACUUUCGAGAUGGAACCAACCUUUUGUCCCUGCUUGAGGUCCUUAGUGGGCAGACUUGUAAACCUGAGAAGGGUCGUAUGCGGGUACAUCAUAUGAAUAAUGUCAACAGAGCACUUCAGCUUCUUGAAGAUGAACACAGUGUAAAGUUGGUUAACAUCAGCAACAAUGACAUAGUGGAUGGUAACCCUAAGCUUACCCUGGGACUCAUCUGGAACAUCAUCCUUAAUUGGCAGGUGAAAGACAUCCUGAGUCGAGUCAUGCCAGAACUACAACAGACCAACCUUGAGAAAACUCUGCUCACAUGGUGCUCUGACUCUACGCAAAAAUACUCUGAUGUGCACAUCACCAAUUUUACCUCUUCUUGGCAAGAUGGCUUGGCUUUCAAUGCCCUCAUACAUAGAUAUAGGCCUGAUUUAUUUGUAUUUGACGAUGUUGUCUCCCAGGAUGCAGAUUCUCGUUUAGAGCAUGCAUUUCGUAUUGCACAGGAGCAGCUAGGUAUCACACGAUUACUUGAUCCAGAAGAUGUGAAUGUAUCCAACCCUGAUAAGAAGUCAGUAAUGAUGUAUGUGAUGUGCUUCUUCCAAGUCUUGCCACAUUCUGAUUUGGAUGAUGGUGAACACACACAGGCAGCUAGGCCACUUACUGAGUCAAACAUGUCCCUGAGUAGUUCAGCAUCCAGUAGGGUGAGCACUGUGAGCUGUGGAUCCGUGGACUUGAACACAUAUCAGGAGUCCCUGGAGGGGGUCUUGGCCUGGCUACUAGAGGCUGAGGAGUCACUACAGAAACAACCCUCAGUUGAAAACCAUGUACAGCUUGUGAAAAAACAGUUCCAUAUUCAUGAGGAGUUUAUGAUGGAGUUAACAAAGCACCAGAGCAGUGUGGGGAAUGUCCUACAAGAAGGGAACCACCUCAUCUCAGAGGCUAAAGUGUCUGAAGAUGAGGAAAAUGAGAUUCGCGUUCAGAUGGGGCUAUUGAAUAAUCGCUGGGAGGAGCUGAGGUUACGCGCUAUGGAACGUCAGACUGCAUUGCAUGAGGCAUUGAUGAAUCUACAACAGGGCCAACUGGAUGAACUAGACCAAUGGUUAGCAAAAAUGGAGGAUAAGAUAAACAAACAUAAGCCUAUUGGAACAGAUCUAGAGAGUAUCCAAGCCCAGGUCAACUCACAUAAGGUGCUACAAGAUGAGUUAGAACUACAGCAAGACCAGGUUAACAACUUACAGAACAUGGUUGUUGUUGUCGAUGAGAACAACUCAGAGAAUGCUUAUAUUGCACUGGAGAGUCAGCUUGAGAGGCUAGGAGAGCGCUGGGCCUCAGUGUGCAAGUGGGUAGAAGAACAAUGGGUCUCCUUACAGCGAGUACUACGCAAGUGGCAGCAUUUUGUAGAUGAACAGAAACACUUCUCUGAUUGGUUAUCCCAGAAAGAGGCUAUACUCAGCGAUAUGAAGUCAGUUGAUUAUAGUGACUCAGCUGCUGUUAUAGAUCUAGUGAAGACACUUAAGAGCAUAGAGAUGGACAUGGAUGUACAGGUUCAGAGGUUUGAUGAGUUGACAGAUGCAGGGCAUGACAUGGUUGCCUGUGUAGAGCUUGAAGAAGGGGCCGUUGCCAAUAUUAAUCAGCAGAUGGAGGAGCUACAGGCACGUUGGGAGAAUCUUGUAAGGCAUAUGGAGCACCAGAGUAAACAGAUUGCAAGCUGUGAUGUUGACCUGAGUGUACUAAAGAGUCCAGGAGGCACAGAAGUACAGACAUUGCGUACAUUCACCACUGAGUCUACAACAAUCACAAGGACCAUAACACACACUAGUACCAGCUCUAGUGCUAAGAGACCCAGGAUUGAGAGCUCACACAAAAAGGAGUUUGAUACCCAGGUUGCAGCCCUGACUGAGUGGUUGGAUAGGACAGAGUCCAACCUGACACUUCUCUCAACUGAUGCUCCUAACCCUGAGGAUCAACUCACCUUAGAGGAGCAACUGGUCCUGGUUAAGGACAGUGAUAGUGAACUACAGGAGCAUGCAGUUGACCUUGAGCAUAUACAGAUGGUCUCCCGUAGUCUCCUACAGGAGAUCAAAUUAAGUGGAGAAAACCCUGAGCAAAUUGAGAGUGUGUUGUCGCAACUAGAGUCACGUUGGAAAGAGUUGAAUCUUCUCCUAGAGACCACACAUGCCAAUACGCUACUCGCCAUGGAGACCAACAAGUUCUAUGAUGAGUUGAAAUCUCUUCAGGAAAUUGUGGGAAGCUACGAAAAGUGGAUCUCAACAUCUGAGAGGGUGGCUGAAGAGGCAACAGACAUCAGUAAACAGUUGGAACAAUGUCGUGUUAAACUGAAGGCAAUGAAGGCUCAUGAUACAGAAGUUGAACGUGUGAAUGACCAGUUGAACAUCUUAAAAGUCCAGGCAUCCAACCAGGAGCCUCUACAAGGAGAUAUGGACUCCCUAAACAAUAGAUGGUCCAGUGUCUACAAGAAAAUAGGUGAACGCCAACAACUUCUCAGUGAGGCUUUAUCCAAGGCCCCACCUAAGGCCUUCCUUGAGGCCAUGGAGGCCCUGGACAAGUGGGUCAGAGAUGUUGAAUCAACCGUCCAAUCAGAAGCCUUCCAAGUACAGGAAGUUGAUAUAAUGGAGGAUCAGAUCAGUCAGUUCAAGGAAUUGCAGUCUGAUGUGGAAGACCAUGUUGCAAGCCUGGACUACAUCAACCAAACUGGACAGGAUCUGAUAGCUAAGGCAUCAUCAGAGAAAGCUGAGAAGCUUGAGGAUGACUUGAAAGGGUUGAAUGAUAGAUGGCAGGGUGUUACUGUUGCUAUAGAGGAGCGUCUUGCAUUGCUUAGUAACAGCUUGGAUCAGUUACGACAGCAGCAGAGCCAGGUUGGAGGUCUUACACGCUGGAUGGAGGAGAUGGACCUGUUCCUACAUGCUGAGGAGGCAGCUGUGGGGGAUAUGGAUACACUGCAUGCCCAACUGCAGGAGAGCGAUGGUGUUCAAGAAGAUAUUGGAACCUUACAGUUAAAUGUAGAAAACAUCAACAACACAUCCGUGCAGCUUAUCAAAAGCGCCAGUCCUGAGUUUGCUGAAAAACUUCAAGCUGAAGUCACAGAGUUGAACAGCAAAUGGGAAAUUGUUGUGCAGUUAUCGCGGGAACAAAAUGGCCGUCUCCGUAAAGCAUUGGAGAAAAGUGAGCAGCUGAGACAACGGGUGGCUGAACUGCAAGCGUGGAUAGAGAGUGUACUUAGUGAACAUCUGAAUAAAGAUUAUAUCGUUGAUGAUCACACCUACCUUUUGGCUCUUAAUAAGAAGUUUAAGAAACUUCAAAAUGAUGUUGCUGACAAGAGUGCUGAGGUUGAUGAAGUGGAGAGAAUGUGUAAUGAAGUGUUAGCUUCAGGUCCAGAGGCAGGCCUACCUGAGACCUCUUCCUCCCUUGCACAGUUAACCAGCAAUUGGGCACAGCUACAGCAGAAGACCAAAGACUCUGCACAAAGGUUACAACUUGCAACUCAGAACUGGGACCAGCUAAAUGGUUUACUAGAAGAGGAGAACAGUUACCUUGACAACCUGGAGAAGAUGCUGAAUGCCUCACCAAAGUCCAGUGCUGAUGCCGAGGAGAUCUCUGAGGAAUUAGACGAACUUGAAUCAUUUGUGCGCGAGCAUUCACUCCAGAAUAAAUCUGAUAUUGAGGCUGUAAGCGAGACAUUGAUCAAUGAUCACAUAAUGGCAGAUGUUGUUCAGAAACAAAUGGACACUUUCACGCUACGUUUCACUCAGCUAGACCAGCAGGCCAAGCAACGUAUCGAGACCCUGGAGCUGUCAAUCACGCAGGCUCAGAACAUGGAACGCCAGAUGUUGGAGAUGUCGCAGUGGGUGAUGGAGGUCCAUGAUCUUCUGCAGUCACGACUUGAUGCUGAUAUGCUGGCUGGAGAUAUGCCAGAUGAGUACGAGUCUCUGAAGACAGAGUUUAGUCAGCAAGAGGCAUUCCUAGAUGACCUCUCCAAGCAGGUAGCAGAGUACAAAAUGGCAGGGAAGAUAGAAGCUGCUAGUAGGCUGGAGCAACAGAUUGUCCUCUUAAAGUCCCACUUCACAGAGGUUGAAGUAAAAUUCAAAAAAUUCCAACGUCCUAUAGACUUUGAACCAAAGUUAAGCCACACUAAACGUGUCUUGGAUGAAGUAGAAGAGCGAAUACAUCUUAUAGAGUUACGCAGUGAAGAUCCUGAAGUGGUGCAGACCCAACUUGAUCAAUGCAUGAAAUUCUACAAGAACCUGAGUGAGAUCAAAGGAGAGGUGGAAUAUGUUAUCAAAACAGGCAGGAAGAUUGUAGAACAGAGACAGGUUGACUUCCCUGACAAACUAAGUGCUCAGCUAGAUGCCAUUAAGAUGCAGUAUAAUGAACUAGGAUCACAGGUGACCAGUGGUAAAGCAGACCUAGAGAAAGCACUGAAGUUGGCCAAGAAGUUGCAGCGAGAAGUGACCACUCUACAGACAUGGGUCAACAAGACAGCAGCCCAGCUGAACAGGAAAGAAGCCAUACUUGCCCCCAGGAACAUUGAAGAGGAAUACAAGUGGAUUGAGACAAAAGAGCGAGAACAGGAAAGUCAGGGAGCAAAUCUUGCUUCGUUGGAUGAUAUCCUCAACCAAUUACAAGAUUUGGCUACCGAUGAAGGUGUGCUACAGGGAGCCAAUCACAACAACCGUCAGCUUCACCUCCAAUGGGAGAAUUUGGAGACGAGACUCGCUGCUCGACGUAGUUCUCUACAGGAACAGAAUCAGAAGCUAGAGGAGAUCUAUGUUGACUUCCAGUCAUCCAUAGGUAUCAUAACACAGUGGCUAGAAACAAUGGAACCACAACUAGCCAGGCCAAUGACUGACUCAGAUAUAGACACUGUAAAGACUAUGCAACUAGAACUGAACGACCUGCGUAGUCAAGUUGAUGAAGUUCGAGACAAAGCAUUGGAUCUGAUGAACAAAAACGAGAAAUAUCAACGUAUCGUAGAGCCUGAGUUGACCCACAUGAACGAACGCUGGGAGGAUGUGUCCAAUACCAUCAGGGAGCGUGUAAAGAGCAGCCAGGUGCAUGAGACUGUGAAUACAGUAGUCCUGAAUGAUGAAGAGCUGGAGGAAAGACUUGAAAGAGCCUCUGAUGCAGUUGCCCUGCUUGACUCUAAUAAAAAGGGAGAAGAAUUGUCUCAACUACAGCAAGAGGUCCAAAUACUAGUUGUUCAUGGGGAACAAUUGGUGAGAGACAUAGAAAAAGAUGAUCCACAGAAAGCUGCAGCUAUAGAACAGAAGCUACAUUUACUCAAGAGUCGCUGGGGCAAUCUUUGUGUAUCAGAGACCAUUGUUACCACAGAGACCAUCAUCACAUCUGAAUCUACCCAACCUGAAUCUACCGCAAUAAGAACUUCAGACAUCACACAAAAUGCUGGUGUUACAGACAAUAUAGAAAGUAGAAAAACAUUGCAAUAUACCGAGGAAGUUAAACCAGAAACUAUUGAAACACAAAUUGAAACAGUUGUUGAAUCUAAGAAGCAAGAACCUGAGAAGACUGAACUGAAGGUGCAACAAUUGACUGUAUGGUUAACAGAGUUUGAGACCAGGUUCUACCAAGUCAGGCAUAACCCAGCAGCAUUAGCGGUUCUGAAAGAAGAACUAAAGAGUCAUGAGAAAGAACUAGAUGAGGCUUCAAGCUCCUCCCAGAAUGCAUCAUUCUCUAAUAGGUGGCGUGAGUUACAGGCUCAGGUCCGACAACCUUCUGGUGAUGAUGUCACUAUGGAGACUUCCAUUUCCACAGAGAGCUCUAUUCCUGUUGCCAUGGAAAUGGAGAGUUCUCCAACAACAACAGUUUCAGGAGAUAGCUCCAUGACAAAGACUGUUGUUACCACAGUCGUUGAGACACUGACACAUGUGAAUGAUGACUCUGAGACACCUGUGAAAGUUGAAGAAUUAGAAACUUCAUUAGAUACAACUGAUUAUGAGACACAAUUGGACACUCUUGAGACACAAUUGGAUACCAUAGAAACAAGUGAAGAUCCCUUCGAGUCAGAUUUAAUUGUAGAAACUACGCAAACAGUUGUUGCAAAUGAGCCAACACUGAACACAACCAAAUCAAAAACAGACACCUCUGAAACUAAAAUGGACACUUCUGAAGUGCAUGCAUCCAGUUCUGAGUCACAAAAUGUUGAGACAUCUACUUCAAGUAGGACAGUUACAACCACUGUUGGUGAGACUGUCACUCAUGUAGUUAAAGCGGAUGAAUCUAAUGCUGUGAUUGAAAAGUCUAUAACUGAGACUGAGGAAGCCAGCAGAGACACCAAUGCAGUGAUUGAGAGGCUAGAAGGAGUCAUUAACGCUGUGAAAGAUAUUGAUCACCAACUAGAGACUGUUGUUGUCGAUGUGAAAGAUGAUGAGCGCAGUUCACUGGAGGAGACCAAGGAUGUCCUAGACACCAUGCAACCAUCAGUGGAGUGUGUCAUAUCUGAAGCAGAGGAGGUUAUACAAGAGGGGAGCAAUCCCAGCAUUCCUCGCAUACAACACCUUAGUCAACAGCUGAAGACACAGUGGAGUACUCUGGAGUCCAGCUAUACACAGACUCAACUACGAUGGAGCAAGACAGUUGAACAAUGGCGACAGUUUCACGCAGAUGCCAAUCAUCUGUCGUCAUGGUUACAUGGGAUGGAAGAGAGGCUGGAGGCGACAGAUGCAGCAGGAUUCAAUCACAAUGAUGAUACUGCUAAGAACAUACAAGAGGAGCUGGAGAGUGGCAUCAGGGAGCAAGAGAGUCGUGUUGAGCAUCUCCAGGAGACAGCUGGUGGCCUCCUAGCAACAGUAACCAGGCAAGAAGCUGAUGCGCUACGGCAACAACUUGACGGAAUUCUACGGAAAUGGGACGUGACUCGGACUGAAGUAGCAAACAGAAGAAGGAUCCAAGAUCAGAUGUCUAAUGUAGAACCUGAAAAAGAGUUGGGAGUUUGGGUAGAUGAGACGUCCACCAUUCUAUCCUCAGAUAUCACCCCAGGAGAUCCCGAGGCCUUAGAGCAACUUGCGGAACAGUUACGCGAACGUGAAGAGGAAGUUAUCGUUCGUCAGGGUCUUGCAAAGACUCAGGCAGAGCAGCAACAAUUAGCGAGUAUGUCAAUCACGUUGGUGGAACGACGUAGAAAUGUUGAAGAGAGGUUGUACCAAAUACGUAGUUUAUUGGAAGAAACAAUGGAGCUAUCAGCAUGGAUGACGACAACGUCAAACUUGAUCCACACGCAGCAUCAGCCGAGUGCUACUGCUUCAGGGGAGCAGGAUUCUGUUGUGUUAGACCCAAGGACCAUGCAAGAAGCCCUUGAGGCACGUCAGGCAAACAUUGACAAUGCAAAUGAGGCCUUCCAGCAGGUGGAAGAUGACUGCAGACACUGCAGGGUAGAGGUUCCAGUGUCUCUGAGGGAACAUAUGAUGAAGCUGAACUCUGAUUGGACGAAACUACGUCACAUGGGGCAAAACCUGCGACCUAUCUCUGACUCCAGUGUGGAUGAUGUUUUCUCCCUUGAAGAAGAAACUAAAGCUGAAAAUGUGGCUCAGGUGCACACAGUGGUGACGACAACUACACGUGUGACCACGGUGGAGCACCAGAACACUUCACAAGAUGGUGACACAGUGGUUGAUCAGACAACGCUGCAGCAUAGAGACUGGUUGAGAUUGCUUCAGCACAACCUGAAGUCUCAGAUUGUUACAGUGGGAGAUCUGGUUGAAAUAGAGCAGCACAUUAAGUCACAACAGAACACCUUAGAAGAGUUGGACAAAAAGCAACCUGAUAGAUCCUCAGAACAUACAGUUGAACGUCUGAAAGACCAAUGGGAUGAGGCGAGAGAUCGUGUCGUUGGACGUAAGGUAACAUUAGAGGGAAUGGCGGAAGAAUGCCGUGAGUUUGAUGCUAAGAAACAGGAGGUAGAGACAUGGCUCAGUCAACAAGAGACUAGACAGGAUGAGGCUGAGAGCAUUGGACAUAAUGUGGAUAUAAUUGAACAGAAGAUUAACCAACAUAAGAAGAAAGCAGGGGAAAUAGACCAGUGGCAGAAGAAGGUGGAUGGAGUGAAUACAAUGGCCGCAAGAUUGGUUGAGAAGUACAAUCAUGAAGACACAACCAAGAUAAAAUCUCAGAUAGAUCACAUCAAUAAAAGAUGGCAGCACUUAUUAACAAAGACACAGAGUCAUGGCAAGAGUCUAGAAAAUGCCCUUGACACUCUGCAACAUUUUGAUGCCUCUGUUGAUGACAUCAUAGCGUGGCUAGACUCGAUGGACCAGAAGUUUUCGAAAGUUGAUGAGGCGACCCAGAAAGAAGGUCUGCUAGAGGAUGAAGAGGAACUGAAGGUUCAGCAUGAUAAGUAUAAGGACCUUCAAAGUGAGAUUGAGGCUCACCAAAAUGCUUUCGACAGUCUCACUACGACAGGGCGGAAUAUUGUACACAAUAUGGAGGCCUCAGAUGGUGAAAUCCUACACAAGCGCUUAGAACAGAUGAAUAAGAGAUGGAUCAAGCUCAAGUCAAAAUCUGUAGAUAUCAGGGGACGACUAGAGAACAAUGCUGAACAUUGGGCCCAGCUACUCAGUACUCUUAAAGAACUGAUCGGUUGGAUCGCCGAAAAGAAUGAAGAGUUGUCACGGCAACAACCAAUAGGAGGUGACUUGAAUCAAGUCACAACACAGAAUGAUGAUCACAGCACACUUCGUGGGGAGCUUGAUGAUAAGCGCCCUCUAGUUGAACAUACUCUAGAAACAGGCCGUCUUUAUCUCCGGGAAGAAGGAGAUGAUCGUAGAAUCAGUGUAGAUUCGGGAGAAGAAUCCUCAGAUACUGAAGGGGUGGAAAAAGAGGGCAAAAAAGUAGUCCAGCAGAUUCGUCGUCACGUUCGACUGCUCAAUAGAAAAUGGGCUGAACUUAAUCAAGGCUCAAAUGAAUGGCAGGCCCGUAUUGAUGAAAUACUUGAGAAAAUGCGUCUUUUCCAUGAUGCCAUGGAUGACCUCCAGGCUCGUCUAAAAGAAGCCGAGACGGAGAAAAGAAAAUGGAUUCCAGUUGGUGAUGUCAUAAUUGAGAAUCUACCAGAUGAAACAGAUAAAAAUAAGGGCUUCCAACAGCAAAUUGCCCCACUACAGGGCCAAGUGGACCAGGUUGGGGACCUAUCCACCGACCUUGAAGCAUCAGGUGUGAUUAUGUCACACACGAAUGUCAACCGAACACAAGAUCUGAAAACACGAUGGAUCGCACUACAGGAGAGUGUCGAGGAGAGGUUGAAACAGCUCCAAGAUGCCUUACGUGAUUUUGGACCCCAGUCCCAGCAUUAUCUAGCUUCAUCAGUUGAUCAGCCGUAUGAGAGAGCUGUGGCGGGAAAUAAGGUGCCUUAUUACAUCAAUCAUAUGACGGAGACUACGCAUUGGGAUCAUCCGCAAAUGACGAGUCUGUUAACGACAUUGGCUGAGUUGAAUGAUGUGAGGUUUAGUGCGUACAGGACGUGUAUGAAACUCAGGACUCUUCAGAAGAAACUUUGUUUGGACCUCCUUAACAUGAACAGUGCCAUAGAUUCAUUUGAUCAGCACGGUCUACGUGCACAGAACGACAAACUCAUGGAUGUCAUGGAAAUAAUAAACUGCCUAAACACAAUGUAUGACGGUCUCACGGAAGACCACCCAACACUUGUGAACGCUCCUUUGUGUAUAGACCUAUGUCUGAACUGGGUUCUUAAUGUUUACGACAGUGGCCGAUCUGGUCAAAUACGUGUUCUCUCAUUUAAAGUGGCAAUCAUACUUAUGUGUAAAGGUCACCUAGAGGAUAAGUACAGGUUUAUAUUCCGCUUGAUUGCUGACAGUAAUGGCUUAGCGGAUGAACGAAAACUCGGAUUAUUACUCCAUGAUUGUAUUCAAAUCCCGCGACAACUCGGUGAAGUUGCGUCAUUUGGGGGAAGUAACAUUGAACCGAGUGUAAGAAGCUGUUUUAAACAGGCAAAUGUCACGGAUGAGAUUCAGGCCUCACAUUUCUUAGACUGGAUGAAACUGGAGCCUCAAUCUAUGGUUUGGUUACCUGUCAUGCACCGUUUAGCAGCUGCAGAGACUGCCAAACACCAAGCUAAAUGUAAUAUAUGCAAGGAGUAUCCAAUAGUAGGAUUCAGGUAUCGUUGUUUAAAGUGCUUUAAUUUCGACAUGUGUCAGAACUGCUUCUUCUCUGGGCGGAGGGCCAAGGGACACAAACUCACUCACCCUAUGCAAGAGUAUUGCACUGCUACAACAUCUGGUGAGGAUGUAAGAGACUUUACUAAAGUUAUGAAAAACAAGUUCAAGUCCAAACGGCACUUUAAGAAGCACCCGCGACUGGGUUACCUCCCUGUGCAGACAGUAUUAGAAGGGGACGUCAUUGAGAGCCCCUCACCUUCAGCAACCCCUCAUCAUACAUCAUCCCAAGACAUGCAUUCAAGAAUAGAGCUUUACGCAAACAGAUUGGCUGAAGUGGAGCAACGUCAACACAGCUCUGCAGAACCAGACUCGGAAGAUGAACAUCAGUUGAUUGCCCAGUAUUGCCAAAGUCUGAAUGGAGAGCAUGGGAGCAACAGUCAGCUGAAAAGCCCCAUGCAGAUCAUGAUGGCCAUAGACUCAGAGCAACGUGGGGAACUCCAGUCAAUGAUACAUGACCUGGAGGAGGAGAAUAAAAAUCUCCAGGCAGAGUAUGAUCGAUUAAAGAUGGCGCAACAGGAGGAAGACACAGGACAAAGCUUCCAGGUGGAUGAUUCUGAUGCUGAUACUAGCAGAGAUACAGAAAUGAUUGCUGAGGCCAAGUUGCUAAGGCAACACAAGGGGAGGCUAGAGGCAAGGAUGCAGAUACUGGAGGACCACAAUAGACAGUUAGAGGCUCAGUUACAAAGACUAAGACAACUGUUAGACCAACCGAAUUCAGAUGCUCCAGUGAUCGUCCGUCAAAGUCAUUACUCAUCUCAACAAUCGUCAAAUGCUUCUUCCCAGAGUUCCCUGAAUGGUAGCCUUCCUCGUCCUAGGUUCACUCCUACCUUACACCAAAUGAAUGGACACAACAAACCUUCCAAUGAAGACUCCACUAACCCAGCAGGGGAAUCCAAGCCAAAGGAAGAUGCUGAGUUGGAAACUGUCAUGAAAGAGCUCAACGAUGCCUUCCCUCCCCCUGAACAAAAUAAAGGUGCCAGCAAUGUAGGAGCAUUGUACCAUGCAGCAGGCCAGGUGGGCAAGGUGGUAGGGACACUAGUCACAGUCAUGACAGAUGAUGAGGGCAGUGGCACUGACGACCCAGCUACAGACACCAGGCGUACUUAGCUAGACAUCAAGUUUGUAAUCUAGACAAUAGCUAGACACCAGGCGAUUAAGCUAGACAACAAGCAAACCUAGCUAGACACCAAGGGGAUUUAGCAAGACACCAGGCGUACAUAGCUAGACAAUAGCCAGACAUCAGGCAUACAUAGCU